CCAUAGGGGAGCAGGCUCCUGGCCGAGUCGGCGCCCAGACCCUCGCCCGGCGCGCUGACCUCCGCUUCCCCGCACGCCGCCUCCGCCUAUGCCGACGCCAGCCGGCAGCCUGGUGCGCCCUUGCGGGACUGCCCGCUAAGCGCGGGGCGGCGGCGGCGGCGAGAGGUGGGCCCGGCCUGGAGCUGCCCUCGACAGCCCCAAGUUUGCGAGUUGCACUAGUUGGCAGGGGGCGCGGAGAGGCCGGACUGGGGGCCAUGGAGGAGGACCAGGGGUCGUCGCCGGCGGCGGAGUCGGCGCUGGAGAAGAAUGUGGCGGAGCUGACCGUCAUGGACGUGUACGACAUCGCGUCGCUCGUGGGCCACGAGUUCGAGCGGGUCAUCGACCAGCACGGCUGCGAGGCCAUCGCGCGCCUCAUGCCCAAGGUCGUGCGCGUCCUGGAGAUCCUGGAGGUGCUGGUCAGCCGCCACCACGUCGCGCCUGAGCUGGACGAGCUGCGCCUGGAGCUGGACCGGCUGCGCCUGGAGAGGAUGGACCGCAUCGAGAAAGAGCGCAAGCACCAGAAGGAGCUGGAGCUGGUGGAGGAUGUGUGGCGGGGAGAAGCCCAGGACCUCCUCUCCCAGAUUGCCCAGCUGCAGGAAGAGAACAAACAACUCAUGACCAACCUCUCCCACAAAGACGUCAGCUUCUCCGAGGAGGAGUUCCAGAAGCAUGAAGGCAUGUCAGAGCGAGAGCGGCAAGUGAUGAAGAAGCUGAAGGAGGUGGUGGACAAACAGCGUGAUGAGAUUCGAGCCAAAGACCGAGAGCUUGGUUUGAAAAAUGAGGAUGUGGAGGCUCUGCAACAGCAGCAGACUCGGUUGAUGAAGAUCAACCACGACCUUCGUCAUCGCAUCACAGUGGUAGAGGCCCAGGGGAAGUCCCUGAUUGAACAGAAGGUAGAACUGGAAGCAGAUCUGCAAACCAAGGAACAGGAGAUGGGCAGCCUGCGAGCGGAGCUUGGAAAGCUGCGAGAGAGGCUGCAGGGUGAGCUCAGCCAGAACGGAGAGAAGGAGCCAGAGACGGAUCUGGGCGGAGACGAGGGUGUCUCAGAGGCAGAGAAGGCGGCCCUGGAUCUCAAGGACCCCAACCGCCCCCGGUUCACGCUGCAGGAGCUGCGGGAUGUGCUGCACGAGAGAAAUGAGCUUAAGUCCAAGGUGUUUCUGUUGCAGGAAGAGCUUGCCUACUACAAGAGUGAAGAAAUGGAAGAGGAAAACCGAAUACCCCAACCUCCACCCGUCGCGCACCCAAGAAUGUCCCCCCAGCCGGAGUCCGGGAUCAAGCGGCUUAAAGACGGUCCUUUAAGUGAUGGCUUUAGCUUCUUCUCCCGAGACAAAAAGCGCCUGGCCAACACGCAGAGAAACAUGCACAUCCAGGAGACCUUCGGCCAGUGGGCAAACUCCCACCGGGACGAUGGGUACACAGAGCAAGGACAGGAAGCGCUGCAGCACCUGUGACUGGGGCCCACCGCUGCCCCCAGACCUGGACCAUCCACCGCAGCACCUGGUGUCACCACAAUGGACACCUCUCUGUUCAGAUGCACCCUUGAAAUUGAUCACUCAAACAAACUGUCUGCUUUGAGGAAGCACAUUGAAAAAUGAAUGCCAAACUCAAAAGAAAUGUUUAUUUAUACCCAGGACUCUCCCUGUUUGUAAUAGACGAUGCCAAUCCCUUAGGAUAUAUAUUUAAUAGACCGUGAACUGAGACAGGACUUUUGCAUUAACCUGAGUGACACAGUAACUUCUUUAAGCCAAAUAUAUCACUUGCCACUACAACUGUUGUUUGAUUUGCUUCAUAUGAAAUUCUCCAUGUAGAAUUUUUACGAUCUCAUUGGUCACAAGUGCAGGCAGGAGAUGGUGACUCUGCAUUAGCUGUGUCCAUAGAGGGUGGAUAUAAUCAAUUAGACAAGUAGGGCCUUCCAAGACACAGGACGUGCUAGCCCAGCUCAGACAGAUGGCAACAGGAAACAUGGACAACAGCCUCUCCACCCACAAACUGGAGACACUUAGGCAAGAGCCACCCCCCACCUUGUGGAUUGCACCUUAUUACCCACAAUGCCUAGAGCAUGUCCAAUGUUCAAGGCCAGUGCCUUGGAAUUUGCUGUGAGAUAUGCAGUACUAACCAAAAAAAGUUGCUAAGGAUGAGACAAUGUUAUUGUUUCCUGUGUGGACUUUUUUUUCUUAUCAUUCUUUGUCUUAGCAUAUACUGUACCAAUACUUAGCCCCUUGCCAAAAAGACUAUAAAUACCCUAAAACAGAUUGGGAAUGGGGUUCCCCCCACCAGGGGAUGUGGGAUGGUGGGUGGGGAUAGACAUGUGCCUGCAGGGGGGUGGGGAGGUACGUGAAAAGCUGGCUUGGGGACCCCAUGUCUAGCUGAUUCACAAGGCUGUGGUGGCAGAAGGAGAGCCCAGGGCCUUUUGUACAGCUGGCAAGUAGGGGGGUUACCCAAAUAUUACUUCCUCUCCAUGCAUGGUGCACCCAUGGCACAAGGCUAGUGCUCAGGAUUGUCAUAGCAAGCACUUGCUAACAGCAGACACAGGACAAGUGAGCUGAGAAACCAUCAGGUUGUUUUUCAGAACACACAUGGACUGUUUCCAGAUGAAUGGAAUAUAAUGAUGCUGGCUUAGAGCAGAGGUUCUCAAACCUGGCUGCACACUAGAAUUAUUAUUUUCAAAAAGUAAAAAGUAUUUGUACUGAGGACCUCCCCACCCCGCCAACUUUCAGUUGUCCUUCCCAGGGGCAACUAGUAUGAACUCUAGAAUUGUUUAUAAAACUACAUGUAUAAAAAAAUGCAUGUUU